UAUGUCAUCUGUAUCCAUUUCAGUGUUUAAUGGUAUUUCUUGUGGGAUUGUGAGCUGUUAGUCUAGUUUUAAUCUUCAGAAGACACAAAGGAAACUACAUUGAUCUCAAAACAAGAAUGUAGUUUGUUUGUUUCUCUAUAUUUCUUUCUAAUUGAUUAACAAUAACAAAUUAAUACGUAUCACCUCAAAAUGGAAUACAGGAAUUAGAUGCAAACAUUUUUCUAACCAAUCAAGAUCUAUUUUAAAAAAAAGGUGUUUUUAGAUACCAAAUUAGUAGGAUUUUUUCUUUACUACUAUAAAGUGAUGUCUGGCGCUUGUAAAUUGUUACUAGUAGCAAUCAUUGGAUGAUGUUGUGAACUAUAAGCUUAUAAUAAUAGUUUUAACAAUGCAAAAUGUUGGAGUUUUGACCGGAAAUUUUGUAGGAAAAGUUAUUCUUUAUGUUUUCAUGCUUCAGCAUGUAUCUGGUUCCGGCAGGGUGCAGGUCACGCUGCACUCAUAUGUCUUUGAGUACGAGCCCAAAACGACGGAAGUGAACAACGUCGAUUUCACUGCUCAGCCUACGAAUGUGACCUUCACCCCAGGAAAGGUGUACACUCCACAAUGGCAACACAUGUCUGGCCCACCGGACAGACAGAACAUGAUCCGUAUGACGUCAGACUGGCCAUGGACGUCGAAGACACAAUGUUCAGCCUCAACUCAAUAUAGAUUCCUCAUCUGUUUAGACUAUGUAGACAAAUAUGAUCCAGAAAAUCCUUGCAGUUUAGAAAGAAUCCAGACAGGCCAAAUUAGAAUUGACAGAAGUCCAUUCUCCCUUUCAGUGCUGGGUAGAGAAACAAUCAGUUUCUCAACAUUUCUAGGCAUUGGAGAUGACAGGGUCUUCCUACUAAACCCACUCAGUGUUGACUUUCCGACAUGGCAGGGUCCAGUUCGUCUAUCCGUCUAUGUCAACUGUUGUGGUGAACAAGAUAUCUACAAGGGUCAGUGCAUGGAGACACUGGCUACCACAAUUAACUUCACCCCCAACAUAUUCGUCGAAGGCACACAGACACGCCUGUAUACUUUAAGAGGCAGGGGCAGUUUCCAGUUAUCUGCCAGCGCCACCUGUGAUCCUACUUACUAUGGCCCUUCGUGUGACAUUCACUGUCUGGUGGAGAACCCAUCCUUUGAGCACACAUUCUGUAAUACUACUACAGGAAUGAAACAAUGUCUUAAAGGCUGGAGUGGUCAAGACUGUCAAACAGACAUAGAUGAAUGUCAGAGUAUCUCUUGUCAGAAUAAAGGAACCUGUAAGAACCUGCCAGGAACAUUUGUCUGCCAAUGCUUACAAGGAACAAGAGGUACCUUUUGUGAAAAAAGAUUUCCCAUCUGCUACACAAAGCCAUGCCAGAACCUGGGAACGUGUCUUGAUACGCCCUCCUCGGGGUCGUUGUGCAUGUGUCCGCCAGGCUUUGAAGGUCAUUGGUGUGAAGAGGUCGAAAAGCAGACGACCACACUUGCAGCCGUCACUUUCAAACUUCACGAGCUCAAUGUGACGAUAGCCCAGGGUCUAGGUGUCGAUGCUAUAGCACAAACAGUAGACAUGAAACAGGAAAGCAAUGUCUGGAAAGGAUGGUACUUAGCAAUCAUAUUAGGGCCACUGGCUUGUGUUAUUAUAGUAAUAUCUAUUCUUCUCUACAGGCAUAAAGUAAACAGGCAAUAUAAAGUCAGCGUUAGUGACUCAAGCGUGCCGAAUAUUAGUAACCAAGCCAGCCAGUUCAAAUCUCGCCAGUUUAACAACGAAGUGUACCACACAUCCGACCCCAGCAACAUCAUACAAAGUAACAUUAUCCACAACUUCAACACUCACACUCAAGACAACAGCCACAUUGGAGAUUACUGCAACUUCCCUCAACGGAGAAGCGUCGAUUCGUUCGACAGCUCGGUCAGCGGUCUCGAAGGAGGCGUCACUGAAGCACUCCAGGAGAAGUACAGCGCAGCUUUUAUGGACAAUUCCGCCUUUGAAAAUGGAAAGCUUAAAAAUGUGAAUGUUGAGAAAGAGAAACUGAAGAUGGAGCAAGAGAAUUGUAAUGAAAAAGCUAAUGAUCCCCCGAAGAUUAAAAUACCAAUGCUCCCACCAAAAUUUUCUAAAAAUAUCUUGCUUACCGAUGAUGAAGCAAUGCCAAUGAAAGCAACAUCCCAUUUUUCACAAGCAGAUCCAAUCUAUGUUACUCCGAGCUCUGAGAACGCACUAAAAGUUGAGAACUUUAUGUCUCCUGCUAACACAGUACCGGACAAAAAUGUUGAGAACACUUAUGAAGUGGUGAAUUCGGAGCAUGUGAAAAAAGCUUUUAAGCCCAAGCCACUUCCUCGUUCGAUCUACAAAAUUCAAAAAGAUAGUCACCAAGGAAAUGAACGAAAUGUGAACGCUGAAAAUGCUUCCCAUCGUGUCCCGCUGGAUGACGAUGGCUACUGCGUUCCAGUGACUUCCAAAUCGCAAGAGGACUGUGAGACACCAUCUGGUGAUGAUAUUUAUAUGGAAAGUUCACCAGGAAUUGAAGGGGCGUGGUCAAGUAAUGUCCAGCAAAAUGUUUCUUCCCCAACUUCCAAAUUUCAGGACUUUAGUACACAAGAGUCUAUUUAUUCAUCCCCACCUAACAAUAGUUUGUCUUUCAGACCUCACAGUACCAGUAGCUUGGAAGAUGAAUCGUCAGUGUAUGCAAAUAUGCCAAAUGUUGGCUCGUCUCUUGGAAAUCGCAAUGACAACUCAGAUGUUGCAUAUUUAGAACCUAGACUUGCUUUCGAUGUGUCUCAACAUUCGAUAUACGCCAACGUGCCUGCUAUCCACCCUCAGAAAGAGACAGACACUGGAGAAUACGUCAAUUUCUCUGAAUGUAAAGCUCUGCAGGAUUGACAUAGAUUACAAACGUAUAUCUCUACAAUGAAUUCUAAGCUCUAAUAGACUAAUAUGCAUAAAUAAAACAUUUUGUUAAUUA